AUGAGAAAAGUUGCAAUAAUUACAGGAGGAGCUCAGGGAAUUGGCCGUGCUAUUAGCUUAAGAUUAGCUAAAGAUGGCUUCAACAUUUGCAUCUGUGACUUGGAAUCUCAAAAGAAAAAGGCUGAUGAGAUUAGAAAGGAAGUGGAAAACUAUAACCGCAAAGCAUUAUUUUUUCCUACAGAUGUUACAAAGAAGCAGCAAUUUGAAAAUGCUAUUGAUAAAGCUCACAAAGAAUUAGGAAGUUUUGACGUAUUAGUGAACAAUGCUGGUAUUUGCAUUGCUGAUCCUAUUUCAAACAUAACUGAGGAUGAUUUGGAAAAACAUUGGGCUGUCAAUGUGAAAGGAACCCUUUUUGGGAUGCAAGCAUCGGCCAAAAAAUUCAAUGAAUUGGGCAAAAAUAAGGGAAAAAUUAUUAAUGCUGCAUCGGUAGCUUCUCAAGUGGGCAUACCUACUAUGGGGGCAUAUUGCUCUACGAAAUUUGCUGUCAGAGGUUUAACGCAGACAGCAGCUCAGGAGUUUGCCCCUCUUGGGAUAAAUGUUAAUUCUUAUUGUCCUGGACCAGUAGGUACGGCUUUGUUUGAAGGGAUCAUUAAUAAAACUGUAGAAUUAGGUAUAGCUAAUCGGGAAGAAAGUACCAAAAUGCACAUGGGUUCACUGGCCAUGAAGCGCACAGCUAUGCCUGGAGAUAUUGUUGGCUUAGUAUCAUUCCUUGCUAGUGAAGAUAGUGACUUCAUUACAGGACAAUCUAUCAUAGUUGAUGGCGGGCAGAUAUAUAGGUAA